GAAUCCUCAGCGAAUGGUCCAUCUCGCGACAGCCCCAAGCAGCUGCCAGCAAGAGAUGGAAACGUGGGAUACCCCAAACUCCGAGCUGGCUAUAUCCCUAUUCCUGUCAUCCACGAGGGCAUGGAUGGCAGGCAGCAGCACCCCUGCUUCUCUGCCCCACAGCCCGCGGCGCAGCGAUACAAGACAGAAGCUGUGCCCACCACGGGACAGGCACAGCCACCACUCAGAGGGGCCUAUGCUGGCCCCGAGUCCCCUCCAAGGGCACCAACAGAGGCUGCUCCGACGGAUAAACAAUGUGGACAGGCAACAGCAGCUGCAGCAGCCCAAGCGUCGGCCGCACACGGACCCGAGAGAGGUCUUGUUCCUGCCUUGCCUGCUCUUCUCUUGCUUUCUGGCUGUUGUUCUACUCUCUCCUCUGCCAACUCCAGUCUGUCCUGGCCUUCCUCUGGCAGACCCAAUGCAGGAAGCCAUCAGCUUCCUCGUGGUUAUAUUCCAAUUCCUGUGAUCCACGAAAAUAUCCCACGCCAACCAACCCAAGCCUACCACCAGGCACAGAAGACACACUACCCUGCCCAGCAGGGUGAAUUCCAAGCCCACCAACCAGUGUUUCACAAAAUCCAACCAGAUGAGAGGGAGCCCAAGCCAACACGAGCGCAGUCUCCGUUCAGAAUGGCUCAGAGAGGCUCAUCGAGUCGUGAGAGUUCACCAGCCAGAGUCACCACCCAGAUACAGCCCCCAGCUCCCAUCAGAGUGCAGACAGUUGUAGACAGACCCCAGGUUUCUCAGCAACAAGUCCCCCCUCAAGAGCCACCAAGACCACCCCCUCCACCUGAAAUGAAGCCUGAGAACAAGGCAGCCCCACCACCCGAAACGGAGGCACCGUCAGCAUAUGUCCCAAUUCAGGUCACCCACCAAGAACCAGAUCCUAAACAGCCACCCCAGAAGCCUCCAGCCAUGGCAGAGAAAGCUGAUAAAAGGGUUCCCUGCACAGCUAAGGUGGUUCCCCCCCAGGAAAGACCUCCUCCUGAAGAAGCAGCACCACAGAAGACAGUGGAAACAGGAGAACCUCAAAAGCAUCCUGGUGUUUUGAAAGUGGAAGCAAUUCUGGAGAAAGUACAAAUGCUUGAGCAGGCAGUCAACACCUUUGAAGGCAAGAAAACUGACAAAAAAUACUUGAUGAUUGAAGAGUAUUUGACCAAAGAGUUGCUAGCCCUAGACUCAGUGGACCCUGAGGGUCGUCCGGAUGUGCGUCAAGCCAGGAGAGAUGGCGUAAGGAAGGUCCAGACCAUUUUGGAGAAACUUGAACAGAAAGCAGAAGAUGUCCCAGAACCUGUUCAAGUUGAUGGACUUCAGCCAGAGCCUAAGCCACCACAGGAAAUCAUGGAGAUUGAACCUGUGGUAGUCAAGAGCAAAGGAGAUACCAGUAACAAAAAUGUUCAAGAGGAAACCAAAGUGGAAAGACAUCAGCCUGAAACCAAGGAAGAAGUGUUUACCAAUCUUGCUACUACGACAAACACAUCUAAUAACCCAACCGAACCAUAGCUACGUGCUGAAAUUAAAAUCCUCUCAGACUUUAUAACUUAAAGUGUGUUUAAGUGAAUUUUAAGUUGCAUGCAUUUCCAGAGCUCUUUUCAACUGGUUUUAAUCAACAUAGCAGCUUGGGACACAGUAAACACUUUGUGGGGAAAGGAGGGAGCUAGAAAGAAAGUAAUGCAUUUAUCCUUUAUUCUUACACUAUGUAAAAGACAUGUUUCAAAAAUAAACCCUGUACAUUAAUUGCUUUUAGAGCAGCUGAGUGGGAAAAAAUACUUCAGGGUUAAUAUUGAUGCGUGUUGUUUAGGGUGUAUUCUUUUGCAGGUGAUUUUUGUAAAAUCAGAGGCCUGCACUGCCAGAAUACCAGUCCUUCUACAAGUAUAGCCACUCUUUGACUGUAAUGUUUUUAUUUUUAAUGUUCACAGUUGGGCACUUUAAGUAAUGAUGGAUAGAAAGUGUGUAAGAAACUGUAGGGAUAUUUAUAUGUGUGCAGGACUUCGAUGCUAUAUUUUAAGAGGGAAAUAAAAUAAUACAGAAGCCUAA